GCCAGUUAGACAUUUCCUGUAUGUAUAUUAUAAGAUCAUCGGGGCACGUCACAGACAGCAGCACCAGGAUCACAGUAAAUCUCGUUCAUGGACACAACAAUGAAGGAUUUGCCGCAAUUAAUUUAGAGAAAAAAAGGAAGAUUUCACAUCUCAACGGCUGGAACGACAAGCUGUUUUUAUAACGCUUCAUGACCCUCAGCGGCAGCAACUGAUAAAAAUAGGAUGGAGGAAGAGCUUUUUGUGGAUAAACAUCGAGUCGAGCUAAUCCGGAGAGUGACCAAUGUUGCACCAAUUUUGGAAGAACUCCUCAAACGUGAUGUUAUAAAUCAAGUAAAUUAUGAUAAAAUCAGGGCUAAUCAUGACUCUCAGGAGACUAUGAGGGCACUUCUCAGUGGGCCCUUGUAAUCCAGUGGAGUUAGAGGAAAACAGAUCUUCUACAAAAUCCUGGAGAGAAACGAGCCACAUCUUAUUGAUGACCUCAAGAGAACGGAGAGCGAGACUGUGAUGGAUGUGAAAGUCAUGGAUACAGUGCAAGUAGGUUCAAUGAUGGAUAAGAAGCUGCUUAUUGAAAUAUUGAAUGAUUUGAGCUCUGAGGAGUUUGAGAAAUUCAAGUCGCUCAUUGACUUGGAGAAAGAUUUCCCACUCAUCUCAAGGAGCCGACUGGAUGUGGCAGACAUGCAGGAAACUGUGGAGCUGAUGGUGGAGACGAACAGCCAAGAGUGUGUGGAGGUGACCAAAAAGGUUUUAAAGGAGAUGAACAGGACUGAUCUGGUGCAGAGGUUGUCACAUAUCAGCUUGAGAACUAAAGAGAAACACUUGGAACAUCGUCCUACACUGAUUCAGAGAGUAGAAACAAUGACGUCUGUUAUAGAGCUGCUUUUGGAAACACUGGCUGGUUUAAGCGACGGGGAGCUCGAGGACUUCAAGAAAGUCAUCUGGAGUCAAAGUUACCCCUACAAACCCUACUUAGAGAUCCCAUGGAGGCUGCCCAUGAAAGCUGACAUGCAGGACACAGUGUUUAUUAUGGUUCAGACCUUCGGCCAACAGUCUGUGGAGGAGACCAAGGACAUUUUAAUUCAUAUGAACAGGAGAGAUCUGGUGCAGAGGCUGUCAGACAGCAGCUCAGGACCCAAAAAAAAAUAUUCUGUGGAUGAACACUUGUCUGCACUGAUCCACAAAGUAGCAACAAAGACGGCUGUGAGAGAGCUGCUUUUAGAAACAACGAAUGAUUUGAGUGAUCAGGAGCUAAAGACACUUAAGUGGCUCCUGCAGUUCACUUACUUCAAGAAGGGCCUUCCAUUCAUUCCAUGGAUCCAACUGGAGUCAGCAGACAGGACAGAAGUUGUGGAUCUGAUGGUGGAGAGAUGUGGCCAACAGUCUGUGGAGGUGAUCAGGGAGGUUUUCAUGGAAAUGAAGAAGACAGAUCUGGUGCAGAGGCUGUCAGAGACCAGCUCAGGACACAAAGCUGCAGGAUCAUCAGUUGAAGCAUCUGGUGUAAAAACCACAGAGGGAGAGAAACACUCUGUGGAUGAACAGUGGCCUGCACUGAUCCAGAGAGUAGAAACAAUGACGUCUGUUAUAGAGCUGCUUCUGGAAACAUUGGCAGAUUUGAGCGACAGGGAGCUCGAGGUCUUCAAGAAAUUACUCCAGAGUCGAAUUCACCUCCGCAAACCUUACUUAGAGAUGCUCAUGAGGGCAGACAUGCAGGACACAGUGUUUAUUAUGGUGCAGACCUUCGGCCAACAGUCUGUGAAGAAGACCAAGGACAUUUUAAUUCAGAUGAACAGGAGAGAUCUGGUGCAGAAGCUGUCAGACAGCAGCUCAGGACCCAAAAAAAAACACUCUGUGGAUGAACACUUGUCUGCACUGAUCCACAAAGUAGCAACAAAGACGGCUGUGAGAGAGCUGCUUUUAGAAACACUGAAUGAUUUGAGUGAUCAGGAGCUAAAGACACUUAAGUGGCUCCUGCAGUUCAUUUACUUCAAGAAGGACCUUCCAUGGAUCCAACUGGAGUCAGCAGACAGGACAAUAGUAGUGGAUCUGAUGGUGGAGAGAUGUGGCCAACAGUCUGUGGAGGUGAUCAGGGAGGUUUUCAUGGAAAUGAAGAGGACUGAUCUGGUGCAGAGGCUGUCAGAGACUAUCUCAGGACCCAAAGCUGCAGGAUCAUCAGUUGAAGCGUUUGGUGUAAAAACCACAGAGGGAGAGAAACACUCUGUGGAUGAACAGUGGCCUGCACUGAUCCAGAAAGUAGAAACAAUGACGUCUGUUAUAGAGCUGCUUUUGGAAACACUGUCGGCUGAUUUGAGCGACAGGGAGCUCGAGGUCUUCAAGAAAUUACUCCAGAGUCGAAUUCACCUCCGCAAACCUUACUUAGAGAUGCUCAUGAGGGCAGACAUGCAGGACACAGUGUUCAUUAUGGUGCAGACCUUCGGCCAACAGUCUGUGAAGAAGACCAAGGCCAUUUUAAUUAAGAUGAACAGGAGAGAUCUGGUGCAGAGGCUGUCAGACAGCAGCUCAGGACCCAAAAAAAAACAUUCUGUGGAUGAACACUUGUCUGCACUGAUCCACAAAGUAGCAACAAAGACGGCUGUGAGAGAGCUGCUUUUAAAAACACUGAAUGAUUUGAGUGAUCAGGAGCUAAAGACACUUACGUGGCUCCUGCAGUUCGUUUACUUCAAGAAGGGCCUUCCAUUCAUCUCAUGGAUCAUACUCGGCCUGGCAGACAGGACAGAAGUUGUGGAUCUGGUGGUGGAGAGGUGUGGCCAACAGUCUGUGGAGGUGAUCAGGGAAGUUUUCGUGGAAAUGAAGAGGACUGAUCUGGUGCAGAGGCUGUCAGAGACUAUCUCAGGACUCAAAGCUGCAGGAUCAUCAGUUGAAGUGUUUGGUGUAAAAACCACAGAGGGAGAGAAACACUCUGUGGAUGAACAGUGGCCUGCACUGAUCCAGAGAGUAGAAACAAUGACGUCUGUUAUAGGGCUGCUUUUGGAAACACUGGCUGGUUUGAGUAACAGGGAGCUCAAGGACUUCAAGAAAUUACUCCUGAGACAAAGUUACCUCUAUAAACCCUACUUAGAGAUCUCAUGGAUGCUGCCCACGAUGACAGACAUGCAGGACACAGUGUUUAUUAUGGUUCAGACCUUUGGCCAACAGUCUGUGAAGAAGACCAAGGACAUUUUAAAUAAGAUGAACAAGAGAGAUAUGGUGCAGAGGCUGUCAGACAGCAGCUCAGGACCCAAAAAAAAAUACUCUGUGGAUGAACACUUGUCUGCACUGAUCCACAAAGUAGCAACAAUGGGGGCUGUGAGAGAGCUGCUUUUAGAAACACUGAAUGAUUUGAGUGAUCGGGAGCUAAUGACACUUAAGUGGCUCCUGCAGUUCACUCACUUCAAGAAGGGCCUUCCAUGCAUCCCAUGGAUCCAACUGGAGCCAGCAGACAGGACAGAAGUUGUGGAUCUGGUGGUGGAGAGGUGUGGCCAACAGUCUGUGGAGGUGAUCAGGGAGGUUUUCAUGGAAAUGAAGAGGACUGAUCUGGUGCAGAGGCUGUCAGAGACCAGCUCAGGACCCAAAGAAAAACACUCUGUGGAUGAACACUUGUCUGCACUGAUCCACAAAGUAGCAACAAAGACGGCUGUGAGAGAGCUGCUUUUAGAAACACUGAAUGAUUUGAGUGAUCAGGAGCUAAAGACACUUAAGUGGCUCCUGCAGUUCAUUUACUUCAAGAAGGACCUUCCAUGGAUCCAACUGGAGUCAGCAGACAGGACAAUAGUAGUGGAUCUGAUGGUGGAGAGAUGUGGCCAACAGUCUGUGGAGGUGAUCAGGGAGGUUUUCAUGGAAAUGAAGAGGACUGAUCUGGUGCAGAGGCUGUCAGAGACUAUCUCAGGACCCAAAGCUGCAGGAUCAUCAGUUGAAGCGUUUGGUGUAAAAACCACAGAGGGAGAGAAACACUCUGUGGAUGAACAGUGGCCUGCACUGAUCCAGAAAGUAGAAACAAUGACGUCUGUUAUAGAGCUGCUUUUGGAAACACUGUCGGCUGAUUUGAGCGACAGGGAGCUCGAGGUCUUCAAGAAAUUACUCCAGAGUCGAAUUCACCUCCGCAAACCUUACUUAGAGAUGCUCAUGAGGGCAGACAUGCAGGACACAGUGUUCAUUAUGGUGCAGACCUUCGGCCAACAGUCUGUGAAGAAGACCAAGGCCAUUUUAAUUAAGAUGAACAGGAGAGAUCUGGUGCAGAGGCUGUCAGACAGCAGCUCAGGACCCAAAAAAAAACAUUCUGUGGAUGAACACUUGUCUGCACUGAUCCACAAAGUAGCAACAAAGACGGCUGUGAGAGAGCUGCUUUUAGAAACACUGAAUGAUUUGAGUGAUCAGGAGCUAACGAAACUUAAGUGGCUCCUGCAGUUCAUUUACUUCAAGGAGGACCUUCCAUGGAUCCAACUGGAGUCAGCAGACAGGACAAUAGUAGUGGAUCGGAUGGUGGAGAGGUUUGGCCAACAGUCUGUGGAGGUGAUCAGGGAGGUUUUAAUGGAAAUGAAGAGGACUGAUCUGGUGCAGAGGCUGUCAGAGGCCAGCUCAGGACCCAAAGCUGCAGGAUCAUCAGUUGAAGCGUUUGGUGUAAAAACCACAGAGGGAGAGAAACACUCUGUGGAUGAACAGUGGCCUGCACUGAUCCAGAAAGUAGAAACAAUGACGUCUGUUAUAGAGCUGCUUCUGGAAACACUGGCUGGUUUGAGUAAAAGGGAGCUCAAGAGCUUCAAGAAAUUACUCCAGAGUCGAAUUCACCUCAGCAAACCUUACUUAGAGAUGCUCAUGAGGGCAGACAUGCAGGACACAGUGUUUAUUAUGGUGCAGACCUUCGGCCAACAGUCUGUGAAGAAGACCAAGGACAUUUUAAUUCAGAUGAACAGGAGAGAUCUGGUGCAGAGGCUGUCAGACAGCAGCUCAGGACCCAAAAAAAAACACUCUGUGGAUGAACACUUGUCUGCACUGAUCCACAAAGUAGCAACAAAGACGGCUGUGAGAGAGCUGAUUUUAGAAACACUGAAUGAUUUGAGUGAUCAGGAGCUAACAAAACUUAAGUGGCUCCUGCAGUUCAUUCACUUCAAGAAGGGCCUUCCAUGGAUCCAACUGGAGCCAGCAGACAGGACAGAAGUAGUGGAUCUGAUGGUGGAGAGAUGUGGCCAACAGUCUGUGGAGGUGAUCAGGGAGGUUUUCAUGGAAAUGAAGAGGACUGAUCUGGUGCAGAGGCUGUCAGAGGCCAGCUCAGGACCCAAAGCUGCAGGAUCAUCAGUUGAAGUGUUUGGUGUAAAAACCACAGAGGGAGAGAAACACUCUGUGGAUGAACAGUGGCCUGCACUGAUCCAGAGAGUAGAAACAAUGACGUCUGUUAUAGGGCUGCUUUUGGAAACACUGGCUGGUUUGAGUAACAGGGAGCUCAAGGACUUCAAGAAAUUACUCCUGAGACAAAGUUACCUCUAUAAACCCUACUUAGAGAUCUCAUGGAUGCUGCCCACGAUGACAGACAUGCAGGACACAGUGUUUAUUAUGGUUCAGACCUUUGGCCAACAGUCUGUGAAGAAGACCAAGGACAUUUUAAAUAAGAUGAACAAGAGAGAUAUGGUGCAGAGGCUGUCAGACAGCAGCUCAGGACCCAAAAAAAAAUACUCUGUGGAUGAACACUUGUCUGCACUGAUCCACAAAGUAGCAACAAUGGGGGCUGUGAGAGAGCUGCUUUUAGAAACACUGAAUGAUUUGAGUGAUCGGGAGCUAAUGACACUUAAGUGGCUCCUGCAGUUCACUCACUUCAAGAAGGGCCUUCCAUGCAUCCCAUGGAUCCAACUGGAGCCAGCAGACAGGACAGAAGUUGUGGAUCUGGUGGUGGAGAGGUGUGGCCAACAGUCUGUGGAGGUGAUCAGGGAGGUUUUCAUGGAAAUGAAGAGGACUGAUCUGGUGCAGAGGCUGUCAGAGACCAGCUCAGGACCCAAAGCUGCAGGAUCAUCAGUUGAAGCAUCUGGUGUAAAAACCACAGAGGGAGAGAAACACUCUGUGGAUGAACAGUGGCCUGCACUGAUCCAGAGAGUAGAAACAAUGACGUCUGUUAUAGAGCUGCUUUUGGAAACACUGGCUGAUUUAAGCGACGAGGAGCUCGAGGAUUUCAAGAAAUUACUCCUGAGUCAAAGUUACCUCUAUAAACCCUACUUAGAGAUCCCAUGGAGGCUGCUCAUGAUGGCAGACAUGCAGGAGACAGCGUUAUUUAUGGUGGAGACCUUCGGCCAACAGUCUGUGAAGAAGACCAAGGACAUUUUAAUUAAGAUGAAGAGGAGAGAUCUGGUGCAGAGGCUGUCAGACAGCAGCUCAGGACCCAAAAAAAAAUACUCUGUGGAUGAACACUUGUCUGCACUGAUCCACAAAGUAGCAACAAAGACGGCUGUGAGAGAGCUGCUUUUAGAAACACUGAAUGAUUUGAGUGAUCAGGAGCUAAAGACACUUAAGUGGCUCCUGCAGUUCACUCACUUCAAGAAGGACCUUCCAUGCGUCCCAUUGAUCCAAAUGGAGCCAGCAGACAGGACAGAAGUAGUGGAUCUGAUGAUGAAGACGUGUUGCCAACAGUCUGUGGAGGUGAUCAGGGAGGUUUUCGUGGAAAUGAAGAGGACUGAUCUGGUGCAGAGGCUGUCAGAGACUAUCUCAGGACCCAAAGCUGCAGGAUCAUCAGUUGAAGCGUUUGGUGUAAAAACCACAGAGGGAGAGAAACACUCUGUGGAUGAACAGUGGCCUGCACUGAUCCAGAAAGUAGAAACAAUGACGUCUGUUAUAGAGCUGCUUCUGGAAACACUGGCUGAUUUGAAUAUCAGGAAGCUCAAGAACUUCAAGCAAGUCCUACGGAGUCACUUGAGGCUCACAAGACAACGUUUUGACAUCAAUUGGAGGCUGCUGAAGAUAACAGACAUGCAGGACAUAGUGUUAAUUAUUGUGCAGGAGUACGGCCAACAGUCUAUGGAGAUGAUGAAGAAGGUUUUAAAGGACAUGAACAGCCCUGAUCUGGUGCAGAGGCUGUCGGACUGCAGCUCAGGACCCAAAAAGAAACAUUAUGUGGAUGAACAGCUCUCUACACCGAUCCAGAAAGUAGCAACAAUGGCAGCUGUUAAAGAGAUGCUUUUGGAAACCCUGAAUGAUUUGAGUUUUCAGGAGUUAAAGAAAUUCAAAGAGGUCCUGCAGUUGACUGUCUCUCAGAAGGACCUCCCAGACAUCUCACUGAUGUUGAUCAACAGAACAGACAGAGUGGACAUAGUGAAUCUGAUGUUACAGAACUGUGGUCAACAGUCUGUGGAUCUGACAAAGAAGAUUUUCAAGAAAAUGAGCAGAUCUGAUCUGGUUCAGAGGUUAUCAGACACCAGCUCAGGACCCAAAGAGAAGCAGAGGUCUUCACUGCCCCAGAAAGACAUUACAAUGACAUCAGUUAAGAAGAAGAUUUUGGAAACACUGGAAGAAUUAAGUUUCGGGGAGAUCAAGGUGUUCAAGUGGUUCCUGCUUCAAAUGAAAGACCUCCCACAAAGCCGAAUAGAGAGGGCAGACAGGAUGGACUUAGUGGAUCUGAUGGUGAAUAUCUACAGUCAACAGUCUGUGAAGGUGACCAGGGAGGUUUUAAAGAAGAUGAACAGGAUGGAUCUGGUGCAGAGGUUAUCAGACACAAGCUCAGGAUCCAAAGGUCCUUCAAGAAGCUUGGAGUUUGGGGCUCAUGGAGGCAUAAUGGACGAAACAAUGACACAAGUUAAGGAGAAGCUUUUGGAAACACUGGAAGAAUUAAGUUUCGGGGAGAUUGAGCAGUUCAAGUGGUGGCUACAUCACCCUCAAGUCAAAGACCUCCCAAGAAUCCCAAGAAGCCGAAUGGAGAGGGCAUACGGUUUUGACCUAGUGGAUCUGAUGGUGGAGAUCUACGGUCAACAGUCUGUGGAGGUGACCAGGGAGGUUUUAAAGAAGAUGAACAGGAUGGAUCUGGUGCAGAGUUUGUCAGACACCAGCUCAGGAUCCAAAGGUCCUUCAAGAAGCUUGGAGUUUGGGGCUCAUGGAAGCAUUAUGGACGAAACAAUGACACAAGUUAGGAAAAAGCUUUUGGAAACACUGGAAGAAUUAAGUUUCGAUGAGAUCAAGAUCUUCAAGUGGCUGCUGCAUCACCUUCAAAUGACAGACUUCCCAAGAAUCCCAAGAAGCCGAAUAGAGAGGGCAUACGGUUUUGACUUAGUGGAUCUGAUGGUUGAGAUCUACGGUCAACAGUCUGUGGAGGUGACCAGGGAGGUUUUAAAGAAGAUGAAAAGGAUGGAUCUGGUGCAGAGUUUGUCAGACACCAGCUCAGGAUCCAAAGGUCCUUCAAGAAGCUUGGAGUUUGGGGCUCAUGGAAGCAUUAUGGACGAAACAAUGACACCAGUUAAUGAGAAGCUUUUGAGAACACUUGAAGAAUUACGUUUAGGGGAAAUCGAGCAAUUCAAGUGGCUGCUGCAGCACCUUCAAAUGAUUGACCGCCCAAGAAUCCCAAGAAGCCGAAUAGAGAGGGCAGACAGGAUGGACUUAGUGGAUCUGAUGGUUGAGAUCUACGGUCAACAGUCUGUGGAGGUGACCAGGGAGGUUUUAAAGAAGAUGAGCAGGAUGGAUCUGGUGCAGAGGUUAUCAGACACAAGCUCAGGAUCCGAAGGUCCUUCAAGAAGCUUGGAGUUUGGGGCUCAUGGAGGCAUUAUGGACGAAACAAUGACACCAGUUAAUGAGAAGCUUUUGGAAACACUUGAAGAAUUACAUUUGGGGGAAAUCAAGAUCUUCAAGUGGCUGCUGCAGAACCUACAAAUGAAAGAUCUCCCAAGAAUCUCAAGAAGCCGAAUAGAGAGGGCAGACAGGAUGGACUUAGUGGAUCUGAUGGUUGAGAUCUACGGUCAACAGUCUGUGGAGGUGACCAGGGAGGUUUUAAAGAAGAUGAACAGGAUGGAUCUGGUGCAGAGUUUGUCAAACACCAGCUCAGGAUCCAAAGGUCCUUCAGGAAGCUUGGAGUUUGGGGGUCAUGGAAGCAUUAUGGACUCCAGUGACUGGACUAAACUUGAACCUGAAGUGAACAGUACAGAUGCAGAUGAGGCUCCAACUUACAGCCUACAGUCUGAAGCAGGAAGGUUUGAAUGCAGUGUCUCUGACCUGCGAUGGGUCUGUGAAGAAAAGGUCAGCUUUAAGUACCAGUUCUGGUCUUGGGAAGAACACAUGGAGAGAAUGGAAAGCUUACAAUACAUGCCUGCAGGUCCUCUACUGGACAUCACAGUCAUUGCUGGGAAGUUAAAUGAAGUGUACCUGCCACACUGGAUCUGCACAGAUGACUCUACAAUGUUAGACAAGUUUGCAGUCCUACACAUAGAUGCCUGUGGAGAUGUUGUUGAGGACGUGUCUGAGGUCACAUCAUCCCAUGUCAAGUUAUCUGAACCAGUUUUCUCUAAAAAAGGGCCUAUGAUUAAUAUUCGCUUUUCAGGGAAAAUAAAGUGCAACGUGUUAAUAUACUAUAAACCAAACACAACGUUCCUCAAACUUCAUGUGUAUCUGAUCCGAAAUGAUCCUGCUCUAAAACAGACGGUGAAGAAGGAGGAAGAGUCUAAAGGAUACGAAAUGGGUGAUAGUAAGUCAAGCCCAAACAACUACCUGAAAUUGCGCAAAACAUUCGUCCUCACAUCAGACAUAAAGACAGCAGAAAUUCAGCCAGAGGGUGGGAUAACCCUCAGAUAUGCAAACACAAAUUUCUAUGAAGUGUUCAUUGAAAAUCCAGACAGAAACUUCAACUUUACACUCUCACACCGUUGUACAAAGAAGGGUAAAACAGUGUGUAAACCAGUGUGUGAACCAGUGUGGGCCUGUACAAUUCGAAAAGAUGACUAUCCAAACUCUGGUCAUUCAGAAGCUGCAGCAUCAUCAGCUGGACCAGCUGGUGCUACAGUGAGAGCUGUGGGAUCCUCAAGUGGAGCAACUGGUGGAAAUACCUUGGCUGAAGGCAGGUCCACAGGAAAGCACUUUGUGGACAAACACCAGUGUGAUCUGAUCGAGAGAGUGAGCAAUAUAGGCCCAAUCUUGGAUAAUCUAUGGGAAAAAGGCAUAAUCCAAAAAGGAGUUUAUAAUGAAAUCAUGGAAAUCUCAACCACUGAGGAUAAGAUGAGGAAACUCUACAUUGGUCCCCUGAAUGCAUGUGGAGAUGAAGGCAAAGACAUCUUCUACAAACUCCUUGAGGAGAAGGAGUCAUAUCUUGUUGCUGAUCUCAAGAAGAAGGAGUCUUAAAAACUGUGACAUGAAACAGGUACAGUGGCCUUGUUUCCCAAAACCAUCUUGUAAAAUCCAUCUUCUGAAGCCUCCUAAGCUUAAGAGGUGUUUCCCAAAAGCAUCGUAACUGAAGACGCUGUGAGAAAGAUUAGACGAGUAGAUUGAGUGACUCCUUCCCACUCAUAGGAGGCUUAGAGCAUCUGAAGAAGCUCCACAACCUGUUUUAUAUAAGUUUUCAUUGUUUUUGUACAUUUUGAAGUUAAAUUAGAAAGUAAAACUAAACCAAUAUUAACACACAAAAUUUAAUUCAACAAUUGAUCUGCCAGUUUGUGUCGUCAUCAUCCUCUCCCUCUUCUUGCAUCAUAUAUACAUCUCUUUCUUCUCUGAUGGUAUAUUUUCAGGUUCUAUAUCUUCUCUCUUCUCUCUAUUUAUGUGUGUAUGUUGUAUGACAGAAUGACACAUAUUCAUGAUACUGAGGAAACAGGAACCUCCACUGCUUCUUUUUAGUUUUGAUAUGAUCUUCAGAGUAACGUCUGCCUCGAGCAGCAGCUAAAUCAGGUAAAGUUUACUUUCUUAAACCGUCUUCCACCCAGUAACAUGAAUUAUAAAGACUGUAGACUGUUAACUGCACAUAAAGCUUUGUUUUCAUACUGAACAAUUUCCAGUAUAGAACAUUUAUUUGUGUAAUUUACAACAUUUACACUUUGUGAUGAUUAUUUUCAACAUAUAGCAUGACUUACAGACAGUUGAAUAUGCAAAGUUACUUAAAAAUGUAUUCAGCAUCAUCUUCAUCAGCACAGAGCCAACGUUAAGAAGCUCUUAAUGUUGUGCACUUCCUCUUUAUUGCUUUGGGAAACACAUGUAGAAGUUUAAGAGCAUUUGUAGAAAACACUCUUAAAUUCUAUGAACGACCGUUAUCAGGAAGCGAGGACCUGGUUUGGCUGGCAGUGUAGCAGCAAAGACUCCUCACUGGCACCAACUAGUGUUUCCUUACAAGUCUGUCAAAUGUAGAACUGGUUUUAAGGUUUUUAGUUGUUUUCAAAGCAUUGCAUGGACUGGCACCAGUUAUCUCUCUGAACUCCUCAGACACAAUUCAACCUCCAGACCUCAACAGUUGAAGCACAUUUCAAAUGUAUUUUAUUGUCAGUAACUUUUACUUGAAUUUUACAAGCAACAGGCUGAUAUCUUUCUUUGUUUUUAUAAUGAAAUACAGAAGAAAAUAGAGCACAGUUUUGUUUAUUAACUAACUGUAAGUCCUAGCAGCUGAGCUUCACAAGACAAAGCUCCGAGCCAAGCGUGAUAUAUUUAAAAUUCAAAUGUAAAUGAGGUGUUUUCCAUUCCUGCCUCCAGACUGUCGAACAGUUUAUAUCCAAAGGUCUUAUAUUCACCUUUUAUUUCAUCUUUUUUAUUCUAUACAAAUAUAACAUUGACUAUGCAUUUUGUACGUUGUGUAUUUUUAUUUAAGAAUUUGUUUUUAAAUAAAUUGUCUUGAUAUGAGCUCAUUCUCAUGUAUCUAUUCUGGUGUAACUUAAAAGUCACUUAUCUAGCAACAUUAUUUGAGUAAUUUUAGACAAAAUUUAGUUGCUGCCAAUAAACAAAAACUUCAGGACUUUAAGCAGCGUUCUUAACAAUUUGUUGAUUGCUUUGGAUUUAGACGUAUCAUGAGCCCUACUGCUCCUGAAUCUGACUUUGUGUACGAUGCUGUUGACCACCACA